GUCUUCAAGAACCUAUACACCUACAAAACUAAAAAGUCAUCAUCUCUCUCUAAAUAAACACACACACACACACACACUCACUUUUCCUUUCGUUAGUGCACCCUCUCUCCAAUAAUCACUACCCAAAAUCCACCCCAGCCCAGAGCUCCAGCUGAUUCAAUUCUUCAUUUUCUAGAUAAGAGAUUGGCUAUGGAAUCCAAUAGUUGCAGAUCAACUAUACUCUACUUACUCUCUGUAUACAGGUUGGGAGCACUGGCAUGAGAAGCGCUACAGCAGCGAAAAGUUUUCAACUACAAAAGCCAAACUAAAAGAGACAGCUUCAGCAGUAAGUCGCAGUAAUAUCAUGCUGUAGAAGCUGUGCCUCAAACAACUUAAACAACCACCUCCUCUCCUUAUUUCUCUCCCUGUCUUUAAAAUCUUCUCUUUCUCUCUGCUCUAAAGAAUUUCAGUGACCCCACUCUUUCUAAAUCACAUCUCUUCUCUCUCAGAUCUUUUUCAACAUUUACAUACACCAAAAACCCCAAUUUUGUAUUACCAAUAAACGUGGCUACGGCUCGGCGGCUGCAGUCGGAUUCCGGCGCCUUCGCCGAUUGGGUGGCGUCCUCUUCCGCCUCCGCCGGAGACCUCUCCCUAGGUUUCAAUGCGGAGCCCGCCGCCCCUGCCGCCGCCGCCGGAAUGUGGCCCUCCGCCGCCACGCGCCUCCCCCCGGAGUUCUUCUUCGUCGCGCCCGCUUCUUCCUUCCACCACCACCCCAACCCCGAGUCCGCGAUCAAUUUCGACCCCCAUUCGCUCAAUCCCUCCAAUGCCAUCGGCGUCGGCGUGAUCCCCCUCCUCACCGCCGUCGGCAGCGGCGGCGGCGACACGGCGGAUGAGGAUUUGUUCAACCGCAGCCGUGGAGGAGGAGGAGGCGGCGGCGGGAUGCAAUUGUGGCAGCAUCAUCAGCAGGGACAGAAUUCGUCAGCUUAUUUGAUCAAACCUAUGGCUCUCGAGCACCCCAAUCUCCUCCCAAGCAGCGGUGGUGGAGGUGCGACUUCUUCCUCCUCCGCCUGCCAAGACUGCGGCAACCAAGCGAAGAAAGACUGCCAACAUAGAAGGUGUCGAACCUGCUGCAAAAGUAGAGGCUACGACUGCACCACCCACUUCAAAAGCACCUGGGUCCCCGCCGCCCGCCGCCGCGAGCGCCAGCUCCUCGCCACCGCCGGCUCCUCCCAGUCCACCUCCGGCACCAAGAAGCCCCGCCUCGGCGCCGCCUCCCAGACCACCACCGCCUCCCACACCUCCACCUCCAACACCAAUCAGGCCCGGAGCUUCGACACCACCUCCAGCCAUCAAGAUGCGGGGAUGAAGGAGUCGCUGCCGGGGCAGGUGCGGGCGCCGGCGGUGUUCAAGUGCGUGAGAGUGACGGCGGUGGACGACGGCGAGGAUGAAUACGCUUAUCAAGCGGUGGUGAAGAUAGGCGGGCAUGUGUUCAAAGGGUUUCUAUAUGAUCAAGGAGUUGAAGGGAGAGAGGGGCUCCCAAAUCUAUCUGAAUUGCAUUUGGGAGGCGGCAAUGGGGACUCAUCAUCGCCGCCGGUGAAUCUCGAUCAUCAUGCUUCUAAUAUAUACGGCGGCGCAUCGGGUGGCGGGUUUCUUGGUGGAUCCAAUUAUGGUAACCCGAUCAACUGAUUUUCUUACCAUUGUUGUUGGUAACUCAAUAAAAUGUAGGGUUAUUAACUUAUUAGUGUUUCAAUACACAAAUUUUACUUAUGAUUUUGCAUUAUAUAUGAACUUUGAGUGAAAGCUGUGAAUAAGCAAAUGGAGUAUAUUGUUACUAAUUUUUCUUUUAAUUGAA